AGUUCUUUGGUUAUACAGCAAUGAAGGACCAUUUUGUAAGGCUAUAACAGUAACAACAUUGCGUCACUAUUAUCGCACCAGCAUUGGUUACAGCAAAGAGUGUGAGAAGCUUCGAGCAAAUUUAAUCCACUUCACAGGAAUCCCAUGAAUGGAAAGGAUCAUCUACAGCUGACCCCAUUCUUUAUUUUCCUCAAUUUUUUAAUCGGGCCUUUUCUCUUUUCUAGCAUCCUCUGCUGCCGAUGCUAAUGGAAGGUGAGACACCAGGAGGACAAGACUCCACUGGUGCUGCACUACAAACCAGUGCUGUGGAGUGGACUACCCAGAGAACGCCUAAUACCAAGGGGUUGCUGUCCACUGGCCAGUCUACCUCCAGAAGUCCUUCUCCCUCAUCCUGUUCCCCUGGAUCCUCACCGCCCCUCUCAGGCUCGGCCGUGUCGGCCUUGCAGUCGAGAAAGUUCAAGAAAACUUCACAUAGGAGGAGCUCUUCCUCGGAUCAGUCCCUGCUAAAGAAGCUAGAUAAGGACCAGCCGCCUUCAAGUCAAUCCCUGUUAACGGACCAGAGGAAGAGAACCAACAGCAGCAGCAAUGAAGAUGGGCUUGAUCCUCAUUUGAUUGUUGGUCAGCUGAAGGAGGCCUGUGAGAAACAAGAAAAAGAAGGUCCAUCAAGUCUUUCCCGUGGACUUGGCGAAGGGUCUAGUCUGGAAAACAUCCCAACCAGUGGAGCAGAUACCUCUAUUCCCUCAAAGCCACCCUCUUCCCCGAGACACUGGGCACCACCGAAAGGCUUCUGGAGAGUGGCUCGACCAGAGACCCUCCAUUUAAACGGAGAAGUUACUCCUUCCCUGGUGGAUCCUUCCCUCAAGAACCUGUCCUACACUGGCAAGGAGGAGGUCCACAGGAAGCACAGGAUCAGGGGCGAACGUGCCGCACUUCGCAAGGAGCUGCAAAGGUCAGACAGCUUGGAGAGCACCUUCCGCAGGUGCUUCCAGAAGGACACUGGUUCAUUUGAUCCGCUGGCCGAUCUCUGGAGGGCAGACAGCUGGGAGAGUGUAUGUUCUCGGGUAAGGUCCAAGAUGGAGAGGGUUAGGGUCGAUGAGAAAUGCGGAGCGAAAUACAAAGCCAGAAAUAUAGAGGUCACAACAGGAAAACAUGAAGAAGAGGAGCAUCAAUCUUCAGACGCGAUUUCCAAAGGUUUACCUCCAUCGUAUACAGAGACUGACUGGGAGAUGGCAGUUAUCACCUAUGGGCCUGAACUUACAGUCAGAUCUGCUCUCGUUCCUGGAGAACUGACGCUCAGCCCACGUCACGAGCAAGCCAAGCGUCUGCUGGAGAGGGCCCGAUUAAAGGCCCGCUCUCAAAACCCCGACAGCGACUAUGUCUCUCGACCUGCAGACAGAGAAGAACUGGAACUCUUGUCCACACAUGAUUCGCCACACAGGACAAUUAUUGUAGCCACUCAGGAGCAGUUAGUACCGCCGGGUGUUCAGCUGCUGGAGGUCCGAGGCAGGAACACCGAGCGAGGGGUACCACCACGGAGACACGGACAAUCACCGACCCGAGUGCGCUUUGAGGAUGAGUCGGAGAAGGAGGCGGAGCGCCGGUACCUGGACAGGGUUCGCGAGCGUGGGCCAGUAUUGGCAGAGCGAUCCCAGUCCAGCCAGCAGCAAAAGACAGAACAGAUUCUCACCAUCUCACAGGUGAGCAAAGGAUCUGGCUCGAGCUGGAGUAGUGUGGGCAUCCCAGUAGCCAUUCUGACGAAUGAGGGAGAAGGUACUUCUCUAGAGACUGUUGUGCUCAAGGAAGACCUCCGGAAAUGUGAGGCUUGUGGGAGCAUCCUACCACCUGUUCAUGCCAAAGAAUCGUCCUCCAGGUCUUUGCUCGGCACAGCCGAGGCACAGGGAAAGUCGUCUACUCGAUGGGCCUCUCCUGGUCAUUCGAGUCGCCAAAUCAUUCGCCCAGCCGUCUUGGGAGAGGCCAUGUUGACUGGUAGCUGCAACUUGCCAGAGACUGUUGAGGUUGCAGAAGUGGGUGGAGCUGGCGACAUGGUGUCAACCUUUGGCAAGCUUCGCAGGAGGAGCCGGAAAGGGGACAACCGAGUCGAGACGGGUUAUGGUCCUUAUGCUCGAGGUCAGGAACUGUUGGCCCAGCGGCGGAACUCUAGAACCCGUUCCAGUCUGGAGGACAUUCACAGCUUUCAUUCCAAACAGUCCGAAAAGCCAACACGAGGGGUGACAUUCGCGAUUGACACCUUAACCGGAGCAGAUCCCUCUCAACCCACGACUUCCAGAAAUGUCAGGGACUCCUCUGGCAAUCAACUACCUAUCAAGUCAGCUUUGAAGUCAGGGUCCAAGAGCAGGCAAACAGGGCAACGUGUGGUGAAGCUCCUGCCUUCAGUUCAGUAUCGCCUGAUCCAUCUGGACAAGCAGGGAGAGGGAGGUUCUCACCACCCAGAUGUUGCACCUGAGGAACAUCUCAGUGUAACAGUUGCCUCCUCCUCUCAGGCUUCACAAUCCACCCCAGGACUGACUCCCUGUAUCAAGCAGUCUUCUCUCAGGUACUCUUCACCUGUGCUAACUCCCGAGCUCCAGGCUCUGGCAAUAUGGGACACAGUAGAUCCAGCCGAUGAUGUCUGCAGGGAUUCCACCUGUGCUUCACCUCAUCCCCCAGAGUGCCGACCAGCAGUCCGAAGUAUGGGCAUGUCCAAAGCUGAGGACCUCAGGGCAGAGCUUCUAAGAGCAGAGCAUCGCAAAGCUGAGUUACAGUGGGACGAAAACAUGACUGGGUCACGAAGAACAGCAGAGAGAGAAGGCAAGCCCAAACUUUCCCUUCGCCGUUUCUUCUCAGCAAUGGGUCUGAACAGCAUGGGGAAGCUGGUCAAGGGAAACCGGUCCAGCAGCAUGGAGCAACUGUCCUCCCCUGCUCCAAAGCACAGCUCGGCUUCUCCAAGCCCCACUCACAAAGGCCAGCCGCCGCUGCAGAGAACCCCCUCCCUGCAGACUCUGCACACUGAGUCUCCUCUGGCUCAGCUGCGCAAAGCAUCUUCUGUCCAGAGUCUUCAGUCUCCAAAGAGGAAGUUUGAGCGCUCAACCAUUCUGGGGGAACUUCCACUGCCUCUUAGUCUGGGGCCCAGAGAGCUUCAAGUCGAAGGGGGUAUGGAGCCAUUAGAUGGCUCUCGAAGCGUGGGUCCACUGGGGCGACUGGUUCAGGGCUUUCCUGAUGGAACUUUGCUGCUGGAGCUCACCAGACCAGCCAAUGGACCUUUUGGCUUUGUCAUUUCAAGAGGCAAAGGUCGGCCAGACUCAGGGAUUUAUGUGGAGCAGGUUGGAGGCAGCCCCACAGACAAUGUUUACACCGGGCUUCUGGGUGUUGGCGAUGAAAUUCUGGAGGUGAAUGGCGAGAUGGUGGCCGGACUGCACCUCGACCAGGUGACUCGCCUGAUGACCCGCGAGAGCACCGCCACCAUCCGGAUCCUCCCACACCGCUGGAUCCAGCACUGAAGAAGCGAGCCGAGAGAUUAGCUAUAUGAUGCAAACACCAGUGAAUGUGAAGAGCAUUCAUAGGCUGUGGAUGUUACCUGUUAUACCUCAGUAAUGGCACUCUUCCUUAACUCUCAUACCAAGAAGCACGAUGUGAUGGAUGUCAUGUGUCAUGUAUUGUUUACAAAAUGUUUAUCAAUAAAAGUGAAAACAU